AGCAUAUCCGCUCACUUCAGGCGUUGGUAGAGCCUUUUUCUUCAAGAUGUCGGUGUUCGGGCCAGUGGUGAAAAUCCAUCCCGUCGUUCUCGCCUCAAUCUGCGACUCUUACGAGCGAAGGAAUGAGGGGGCGAGCCGGGUCAUCGGAACCAUCUUGGGCAUCAUUGAUAAACACUCUAUAGAGGUGACCAACUGCUUCUCUGUCCCUCACAACGAGUCUGAGGAUGAGGUGGCUGUGGACAUGGAAUUCGCCAAGAACAUGUAUGAACUUCACAAGAGGGUGUCGCCCACAGAAGUCAUCAUCGGAUGGUAUGCCACAGGCUUUGAUAUCACUGAACACUCCGUGCUCAUCCACGAGUACUACAGCCGCGAAGCCACCAACCCCAUCCACCUGACUGUGGACACGGCGCUGCAGAGCGGCAAAAUGAACAUCCGCGCCUACGUCAGUGCCCAGAUGGGUGUGCCAGGAAAGACGGUUGGUGUUAUGUUCACCCCGCUGACUGUCAAAUACAUCUACUAUGACACUGAGAGGAUAGGCGUGGAUCUCCUGCAGAGAACUCGUGUGACUCCCAGCCGCACCAAGGGGCUGACCUCUGACCUGUCCCAGGUGGGGAGCGCUGCGUCCAGAGUACAGGACAUGCUGACCACUGUGUUGGCAUACAUCGAGGAUGUGCUGUCCGGAAAGGUGACGGCUGAUAACAGCGUGGGUCGUUUCCUCAUGGAUCUGGUCAACAAAGUGCCGACCAUCACAGCCGAGGACUUUGAGAACAUGCUCAAUUCCAACAUCAACGACCUGUUGAUGGUGACCUACCUGUCCAACCUGACCCAAGCACAGAUUGCUCUGAAUGAGAAGCUGGUGCUUCUCUGAGGAGAACAAUUCAAGUCAUAUUUAAUUUUUUGCAUUCUUUCUUUUGUUUUGGCUAAGAUGAAUAAAAACAUUCAACAGUCA